CAAUCUCACAAUACAUGGAUUGCGACUCACGUCACGAGUUGACCCCUCUAGGAACCGCUUGAAACCUGAUCAGGCUUGAUCAAGAGUAUCAGAUACGUUCUCACGGGACACUCGAGUUUCCCGCGAGCUUUACGACAAGACAAUGACUCGGAUUCGUUCACCCGAUGGCCUUGGCUGGCCGUCCACAGCACCAUCUCCGGCGCCAACGUCCACAGAAACGCAAAACAGUUGGGCAAAAGGUUCCAAACCGUGGCAACUACCCCCUCGCAAGGUCUAUAUGCUGCGAAAUGCAAAUGUCGUCGAUCCCUUGAAUGGCGUGCUUCUCAUGGACCGCGAUAUUAUACUUCGCGACGGGCUGAUCAUGGCAGUCUGCGAAACAUCGGAGCAUGGAGGAGUGGCUGUCUUGGAUGGCGAGGACGUGACGGUUGUAGACCUUGAGCACAAGUUUGUCUGCCCUGGUCUUAUCGACUGCCACGUUCACCUGAGCUCAGUUCCGGGCAUAGGCACGGGAAAUCUGGCAAGCGCAAUGCCGCGGGAUGUGGCCGAGUCGCUUCUCCGACAACCGUUUCUUUGUAAGGAGGUUUUGAAGCGUGGGUUCACAACAUUACGCGACACUGGCGGAGCGACACUAGCACUCAAGGAGGCUAUUGCCGAUGAGGUGUUUCCCGGUCCACGACUCUUCAUUGCAAACCAAGCCCUCUCGCAGACAGGCGGUCAUGGCGAUAGUCGGGGGUCUCACGAUCAUUCGAGUAUUUCCUGUUGUGGUCAGUCUCGACCAGGGCUCUCAGUAGUCUGCGACGGCGUGUCAGACUGCAUCCGCGCAGCACGGGAGCAGUUACGAACUGGCGCCGACUUCAUCAAGAUCAUGGCUUCUGGUGGUGUCGCAUCCCCGACGGACAGACUCACCAACACCCAGUUCACGGCCUCUGAGAUUCGCGCGAUUUGCGAAGUGGCCGGAAGCUAUGGGACCUAUGUUACCGCCCACGCAUACACACCGGCUGCUAUCCGACAUGCCGUGGAAAAUGGCGUUCGUGGCAUCGAGCAUGGCAACCUCAUUGACCGGGACACUGCAAAGUACAUGGCUGAAAAAAAGGUAUGGUUUACGCCAACUCUGGUGACUUACGAGGCCAUGGCGGACCGAGACCGAUAUCCGGGCUUCCUGCCACCUGAGAAUGCGAACAAGAACCGUGCUAUCCUCGAGGCUGGAUUGCGAUCAGUCGAGCUUGCCCGUGACGCAGGGGUCCGCAUAUGUCUCGGCUCCGAUUUGCUCGGUUCUUUGUGGGCAGAACAGAGUCGCGAGUUCGCAAUCCGCAGGCGCAUUCUCAGCUCGCUGGAUGUUGUCCGUAGUGCCACGGUCAACGCUGCAGAGAUGCUUGGCCAAGGGAACAACCUGGGGCAGGUCAAAGCAGGCUAUUUGGCAGACUUGCUCGUGCUGGGCACGAAUCCGCUGGAAGAUGUGAGCUCUCUAGCUACGCCCGACACCAGCAUCCUGGCGGUGGUCAAGGACGGUCGAGUUUGGCACAGUCAAUGGUCCAGGCUACCCAUUGAUACGGCAUAAAUACAGGAGUUUCCGAAAUGAUUCUAGGAGCACAGUUUAAUAUCCUCCAGCAUUGCUCUUAUACCAUCUAAA